AUGACGUCCACGUCAGUGAAGAGCAAGAAGCGCAGCCGCGAUGCCGACGCCAAGGCCGCGGCUCUCGAGGCAUCAGCUCUUUCUACGUCCUCUGGAAGCUGCAGUGAAAGUGGCAGUGAUAGCGAUGAUGAAGAGGUGGCGAACGCCAUGUUCCGCCCCGCUGCGAAGCGAGAGACGAAAGCGGAAUCGGAGCGUUUAGAGCAGCGCGAAAGAGAAGCUGAAGGUCAGAGGAGGGGCGCUGUGCAGGAAGAGAGAAAGCAGAAGAAGAAGGACAAGAAGACAGAGGAGGAGGAACAGCCACAAGGUGAAGAGGACGGGCAGUUGAAGGAGGAGAUCGACCGGAAGACCGAGGCGACAGUCUACGUCGAAGGGAUUCCGUACCGAGCUACUGAGAGCGACUUGGUGACGCACUUUGCAUCUUGCGGAACGGUGCGUGAAGUGCGUAUGCCGCGCUAUCAGGACUCGGGCAAGCCUCGGGGCUAUGCGCACGUGGUGUUUGAUGACGAGGUGACGCUCGAGAAAGCGCUGCUGCUGGAUAAGUCCUACCUGUUUCAGCGCUACUUGUCGAUUCAACGAGCAGAAGCUCCACGUGCUGUGGAAAUGGCGUUAAAAGAGAAGAACCAGAACGCGACAAAGAAGGCGAUCAAAGGGUGUCGUACAGUCUACAUUAAGCAGCUUCCGUACGAGGUGGAGGAGGACACGAUUCGUGAGGCACUGGCUUCGUGUGGCACUAUCACGAGUGUGCGAUUGCCGAUUUGGAAUCACACGCAGAAGCUUAAAGGCUUUGGGUACGUCGAGUUCUCGAGCGAGGACGAAGCACUGGCUGCUGCUCGUCGCAGCGGCAUGAAGAUAGGCGACCGAAUGGUGCUCAUCAGUCUGGACGCCGUUGGAAGUGCGCCAAAGGCCAGCUUUCGUCAGCGUGAUGGACAGUACUGGAACAAGGGAGAGGAAGCGAAGAAGUCGCUCGCCAAGAAGAUCAGCGAGAAGCAGCAGCGUCAGAGUGCCAACAAGAAGCGGAAGACGUCGACUAGGUAG